ACAUGUCAGCCUACGGAGCCAUCGCUGCACACAAGAACUCGUCUCCUCUGCCAACCACGAUAUGGCAAUUCAAAUCCAAAGGCUUUGAUACUCCAUCAACCCUCACAGUCCACCAUUUCACCCUCGCAAGAGCUGAAGCUUUCUCAGGACUCAUAGACUACAUCCACAAGACUUUUGCGGACGAGCUCGAGCGCGGCCAAACAUAUCCGCAGGAGAUCCUUCCCGGGGAGGAGUAUACCCGCGCUCUGUUCGACGCUUACUACUUCGCAGGAGAUGUCCUGAUCGCGGUCUUGGGGCGCGAAGGGGAUCAGCUGCAGCAAGAUGAGGCGGAAUCCCCGAUAGGGUUCAUUGAGGCGGUUGGCGGAAGAGGCUGGGAAGAAUGCAUCGCGGGUUGCUACUACGUGAAACCCAACUAUCCUGGAAGGUCAUCGCAUAUCUGCAACGCCGGAUUCCUUGUCCCACCAAACCAACGCGGACGCGGCGUCGGCGCUGUUCUUGCCCGGUCGUUUCUCCACUAUGGCCCACGCUUAGGCUACGAAGCUAGCGUGUUCAACCUCGUAUACGUAAAUAACGUCGCUAGCGUCAAACUAUGGGAGGCUCUCAACUUUGAAAAAGCUGGGCGCAUCCCUCGCGCUGGACGACUAAAGAAGGCAGAUGGGUCAGGUGAAGAGUACGUCGAUGCCUGGGUGUUUUACCGGAGCUUCGACGUUCCUGCCCCCGCUGUCUAGCGGUCCUGCAUUCCGAAUAUGUACGUGACUCUGAUCAAGGAGACACUUCCGUCGUUUGUGGCUGUCAUGCCCGCGUCCGGAGGUCGCCUAAUAUGCUUCAACAAAGCACUUGAAUCCUUGAUCAUCG